UGCAUGACAGACCACAUCUCCCAGAAUCCCCCGGGGCUGGGCGCCUACUGAUGACGUCAGAGCUGUGUUUCCUCCAGGAGAAGGCAUGGCUGCUGUAGAGAAGGCUGCAAGACUCCUGUCCCUGAAUGGACUCUUCCCUGUCUACAAACCUAAAGGGCCAACAUCAGCCCAGAGCCUGUAUGAGCUGAAGAUGAAGCUGCUGAACGAGGCCGGUGUAAAGGAACAUAGGAAGAAGAGGAAGCAGACGCUGAAAAUUGGACAUGGCGGAACCCUGGACUGCACCGCCUCCGGCGUGCUGGUGGUUGGCAUCGGAGAAGGGACCAAAAUGUUGGGCACCAUGCUGGGGGGGAGUAAGAAAUACACUGUGAUUGGUGAGCUGGGAAAGGAAACUGACACUCUGGAUGCAUCUGGGGCCGUGACAGAAAAUAAACCUUAUGAUCACAUCACUAGAGAGGACCUGGAGAAGACAAUGAAGACCUUUACAGGAAACAUCAUGCAGGUCCCUCCGAUUUUCUCUGCUCUGAAGAAGGAUGGGAAGAGACUCUCCUGCCUGGUCAGAGAAGGGGCCAAAGUGGAAGAAAAGCCUGCCAGGCCGGUCACUGUCUAUGGACUGUCCAUAACUGACUUCCAGCCCCCUUUGUUCACACUCGACAUCGAGUGUGGAGGCGGAUUCUAUGUCCGCAGUCUGGUCAGAGACCUUGGCAAAGCCCUGUCAAGUUGUGCCAGCGUGAAGGAGCUGAUCCGCACCAAGCAGGGUCCCUUCACAUUGGAGGAGCACGCGCUCAGAGAGGACAGCUGGAGCAUUGAACAGGUCGCCCAGUCCUUACAGGAGUAUUCCCAACUUCUGCCGGAAAAGCCAGGGGCCAAACGGCUUAGAACAGAGGAGGAGCGCGAGCCUGCCGGAGAGUGACACUGGAUGGCCGCUUUAUAAACUGUCCACAUGUGAAUUGCACAUCCAGAUAGAUAACGAAAGAAGCCCUUCAAAAGAGAUUUCAAUCUGGCAGAUUCAUGAGCUUCCUGGGAAUUAGUUUUGAAGACUCAUUUAUCAGCAUCAUUGGUGCUUCAGGAAUUGGGUAGCAGAGCAGUGUAGGAAACCUUCAUAUUGAAGGAAAAUACAUUUCCCCUUCAUGAUACAUGGACACCCCUAAAUAGAGAACAAUCAUUAUUAUACACGAUUUAUAUAGCGCCAACAGUUUACGUAGCGCUUUACAAUAUAAAAGGGAGACAAUAAAAUACAAGAGGAUUAUGAGGGCCCUGCUCCAAAGAGCUUACAAUCUAAUAGGACGGGGCAGGUGGUACACGGGGGCCAUUCACUUAUUGGCACCAAACCCUAACCUAUAGUACCUGCUUGUUUUAUAACAUGUUCUUUUUCAUAUGUUAUUAUCUUUGAAUACUAAUUGUCAUGCUCUGUGCAGCAACUCCAACCACAUUACCAAAAAAGGCGUCCUUUUACCCAAAAACUUUAAGCACCACUGGGAUAUAAUGUAUUUUCUUUUCCAUAGCAUUCAUUAAAGUGUAUCUGUAGCCAAUUUUUGUUUUUGGCGGUAGAACCAC